CAUAUAUGAUCAUUUCCUUUUUGUAAGUUUGUAACCAAAGAUCUGAAAGGAGUGGGAACAAAAAAAGGUCGCAAACAGAUCUGAGGUACUCACUUCAUCACAGCUGCCUGCAGGGAGUAUCGAGCUUCUCUGCCAUUCUCUUCAAAAAAAAAAAUCACUUCGUGUAAAAACCCAUCUCUAGCAAGACUCCACAACACCUCAUCCACUGCCGGCCGGGCAAUAAACUUCACCCGAACAUUUUCUCUUCUAACACCUAACACCACCCGACGUAUCUCCGAAGUCUUGCGUGCCCGUGCUUCCUAGGUCAUGGAUACCGGAGGGAAUUCUUUACCAUCUGGUCCAGAUGGAAAGAAGCGAAAAGUUAGUUAUUUCUAUGACCCAGAAGUUGGGAACUAUUAUUAUGGGCAAGGCCACCCAAUGAAGCCGCACAGAAUUCGGAUGACACAUGCUCUUCUUGCACACUAUGGACUUCUACAGCACAUGCAUGUCCUCAAGCCCAAUCCUGCAAGAGAUAAGGAUCUUUGCAGGUUUCAUGCUGAUGAUUAUGUUACUUUCUUGAGAAGCAUAACUCCAGAAACGCAGCAAGAUAAUCUGAGGCUAUUGAAGCGGUUUAAUGUUGGCGAAGACUGCCCUGUUUUUGAUGGUCUGUACUCCUUUUGUCAAACUUAUGCAGGAGGUUCUGUUGGUGGAGCAGUGAAAUUAAACCAUGGGCAUUGUGACAUUGCUAUAAACUGGGCUGGUGGGUUGCAUCAUGCCAAGAAGUGCGAAGCUUCUGGUUUUUGCUAUGUCAAUGACAUAGUGCUUGGCAUAUUAGAGCUCCUCAAAGUGCACGAGCGAGUUCUAUAUGUAGACAUUGACAUACAUCAUGGUGAUGGUGUUGAAGAGGCCUUCUAUACUACAGAUAGGGUUAUGACUGUUUCAUUUCAUAAGUUUGGAGAUUAUUUCCCUGGUACUGGGGAUAUACGUGAUAUUGGAUAUGAGAAAGGAAAAUAUUACUCUCUGAAUGUUCCCCUAGAUGAUGGAAUUGACGAUGAAAGCUAUCAGAUGUUGUUUAAGCCAAUAAUGUGUAAAGUGAUGGAAGUUUUUAAGCCUGGCGCAGUCGUGUUGCAAUGUGGCGCUGAUUCUUUGUCUGGAGAUAGAUUGGGCUGCUUUAAUCUAUCAAUUAAAGGUCAUGCAGAAUGUGUGAAAUACAUGAGGUCUUUCAAUGUGCCACUGCUGUUACUAGGUGGAGGGGGCUACACAAUUCGUAAUGUGGCUCGUUGCUGGUGUUAUGAAACAGGAGUUGCACUUGGCAUGGAGCUUGACGACAAGAUGCCACAGCAUGAAUACUACGAGUACUUCGGUCCAGAUUAUACUCUUCAUGUUGCCCCUAGUAACAUGGAGAACAAGAAUUCCCGUCAGAUGGUGGAAGAAAUAAGAGCAAAGCUUCUUGAUUAUCUGUCAAAACUUCAGCAUGCACCUAGUGUGCAGUUUCAGGAGAGACCACCAGAUACUGAACUCCUAGAGACUAAUGAAGAUCAAGAUGGUGAAGAUGGGAGGUGGGGCCGUGAUUUUGAUGUAAAUGAUGAUGAGCGUAAACUUCUAUCUGGACGAGUGAAGAGGGAGAUCGUUGAACCUGAAGUCCAGGACACAGACGACAUGAAAAUCGAUGAACGCCCAAGAGAAUCAGAAUCAACAUUAGAUCCAACAAACUUGAAGGGUUAAACAGUGACAAUAAUCACAGCUCUAGAGAUAACUAUAGACUUUAAAAGACACAAAGGUGAACUGGGAUCAAGCUCAGGGUCAACAGCAGCAGAAGAAAACCAUUUGCUGGGGAACUCAAGCAAGCCAUUCAGUCAACCGAUGGAUACAAAUUUAUGAACCAUAUCAGCGGGCUCCAUCUAUUCAUCCAAACUGCAUACUUGAUAUAUUGAAUGAAUAUAAGCUGUUUUUUGUCACCCCUGUAAGCACGUUGUCUCGCUCUCAAUGUUAUUAUACCGUCAGGGAGAAUUUCAUAGAUCAUUCUUACGGCCGACUUCAUUUUAGACUGGAUUUAGAUUUAUAACACGCUACUUCCCCUGGUGUAUAUUGAAAUGUACCACUACUUGAAGGUCAAGAAACUUGAAAGAAACAAGAAACAUCCUCUUUCAAAAAGAAAACAAAUGUUUGAAAUGGUUCUGAAGGGCUUCACUAAUGUUUAAGGCGUCACCCAUAU